GCCGCGCCGCCAUGUUGUCGGAGUGAGCGGCCGGGGAGAGGCAGCGGCGAGCGGCCGGGGGGGGCCCGGCAUCCGUCUGCAUCCGAGCGCUCCGCCCGUGUUGGUGGAAUGAGCGUAGCGUGCGUUUUGAAGAGAAAAGCAGUUCUGUGGCAGGACUCGUUCAGCCCCCACCUGAAGCAGCACGCUCAAGACACAGCCAGCCCCACCAUGCCUGUGGUACUGACAUCUGGCACAGGCUCGCAGGCUCAGCCCCAGCCAGCUGCAAACCAGGCCCUUGCAGCAGGGACACACUCCAGCCCCGUGCCAGGAUCCAUAGGAGUGGCGGGGCGCUCCCAGGACGACGCCAUGGUGGAUUAUUUCUUCCAGAGGCAGCACGGGGAGCAGCUCGGGGGAGGAGGCAGCGGCGGCGGCGGCUACAACAACAGCAAACACCGCUGGCCCACCGGGGACAACAUCCACGCAGAGCAUCAGGUGCGUUCCAUGGACGAGCUGAAUCACGAUUUCCAGGCGCUGGCUCUGGAGGGACGGGCUAUGGGAGAGCUGUUGCCGGGUAAAAAGUUUUGGGAAUCUGAUGAUUCCAGCAAAGAUGGACCAAAAGGGAUAUUUCUGGGAGAUCAGUGGAGAGACAGUGCUUGGGGAACAUCAGAUCACUCUGUUUCCCAGCCAAUCAUGGUUCAGAGAAGACCUGGGCAGGGUUUCCACGUGAACAGCGAGGUGAACUCGGUGCUGUCCCCGCGCUCCGAGAGCGGAGGGCUGGGGGUGAGCAUGGUGGAGUACGUGCUGAGCUCAUCUCCUGGAGACUCCUGCCUAAGGAAAGGAGGAUUUGGGCCAAGGGAUGCAGAGAGUGACGAGAAUGACAAAGGGGAUAAGAAAAGCAAGGGCACGUUUGAUGGAGAUAAAUUGGGAGAUCUGAAGGAGGAGGGGGAUGUGAUGGAUAAAUCCAAUGGUUUGCCUGUCCAGAACGGGAUCGAUGCCGACGUCAAAGACUUCAGCCGCACGCCCGGGAACUGCCAGAACUCGGCCAGCGAGGUGGAUCUGCUGGGCCCCAACCAGAACGGCUCCGAGGGGCUGGCCCAGCUGGCCAGCACCAACGGGGCCAAGCCCGUGGAGGAUUUCUCCAACAUGGAAUCCCAGAGCGUGCCCCUGGACCCCAUGGAGCACGUGGGCAUGGAGCCGCUGCAGUUCGAUUACUCCGGCACUCAGGUCCCCGUGGACUCGGCUGCUGCCACCGUGGGGCUCUUUGACUACAAUUCCCAGCAGCAGCUGUUCCAGAGGCCCAGCUCGCUGGCCGUGCAGCAGCUGAUGCUGUUCCAGAGGCCCAGCUCACUGGCCGUGCAGCAGCUGAUGGUGCUCAGUUUCAGGGUGUCUGUGCCCGGUGUCAGGGUGUUGCUGUUCCAGAGGCCCAGCUCACUGGCCGUGCAGCAGCUGAUGGUGCUCAGUUUCAGGGUGUCUGUGCCCGGUUUAGCUCCCGCUGCCUUCGUUCCCAACCCCUACAUCAUCAGCGCGGCGCCUCCGGGGACCGAUCCCUACGCGGCCGGGCUGGCGGCAGCUGCCACGUUAGGCCCGGCUGUGGUGCCUCACCAGUACUAUGGAGUCACUCCCUGGGGAGUUUAUCCCGCCAGCCUCUUCCAGCAGCAAGCGGCCGCCGCCGCCGCCGCCACCAACUCUGCCAACCAGCAAACCACGCAGCAAACCCAGCAGGGCCAGCAGCAGGUGCUCCGUGGAGGAGCCAGCCAGCGUCCCCUGACUCCCAACCAGAACCAGCAGGGCCAGCAGACGGAUCCUCUGGUGGCCGCCGCUGCCGUCAACUCCGCGCUCGCCUUCGGCCAGGGGCUGGCAGCAGGAAUGCCAGGUUACCCAGUGCUGGCUCCUGCUGCUUACUACGACCAAACCGGAGCCCUCGUGGUCAACGCUGGGGCCAGGAACGGCCUGGGGGCUCCUGUGCGCCUGGUGGCCCCUGCCCCUGUCAUCAUCAGCUCCUCUGCAGCCCAGGCAGCGGUGGCGGCGGCGGCGGCGUCGGCCAACGGAGCGGCCGGGGGGCUGGCAGGGACCACCAACGGCCCCUUCCGGCCCCUGGGCACGCAGCAGCCUCAGCCCCAGCCCCAGCAGCAGCCCACCAACAACCUGGCCUCCAGCUCCUUCUACGGCAACAACUCCCUGAGCAGCAACUCGCAGAGCAGCUCGCUGUUCUCGCAGGGCUCUGCCCAGCCCAACACCUCGCUGGGCUUCGGCAGCAGCUCCUCCCUGGGAGCCACGCUGGGCUCCGCGCUGGGCGGCUUCGGCACCGCAGGGGGGCUGACGAACGGCAGUGGCCGUUACAUCUCAGCGGCGCCGGGCGCGGAGGCCAAGUACCGCAGCGCGAGCAGCGCGUCGAGCCUGUUCAGCCCCAGCAGCACGCUGUUCCCGUCGUCCCGCCUGCGCUACGGCAUGUCGGACGUCAUGCCCUCGGGCCGCAGCCGCCUGCUCGAGGACUUCCGCAACAACCGCUACCCCAACCUGCAGCUGCGCGAGAUCGCCGGCCACAUCAUGGAGUUCUCGCAGGACCAGCACGGAUCCAGGUUUAUUCAGCUGAAACUGGAGCGUGCCACCCCGGCAGAGCGUCAGCUGGUGUUCAACGAGAUCCUGCAGGCAGCCUAUCAGCUCAUGGUGGAUGUCUUCGGCAAUUACGUCAUCCAAAAGUUCUUUGAGUUUGGCAGCCUGGAGCAGAAGCUGGCACUGGCAGAGCGCAUCCGUGGCCACGUGCUGUCCCUGGCCCUGCAGAUGUACGGCUGCAGGGUGAUCCAGAAGGCCCUGGAGUUCAUCCCCCCAGACCAGCAGAACGAGAUGGUUCGGGAGCUGGACGGGCACGUGCUCAAGUGCGUCAAGGACCAGAACGGGAACCACGUGGUGCAGAAGUGCAUCGAGUGUGUGCAGCCUCAGUCCCUGCAGUUCAUCAUCGAUGCCUUCAAGGGCCAGGUGUUCGCUCUGUCCACGCACCCCUACGGCUGCCGGGUGAUCCAGAGGAUCCUGGAGCACUGCCUGCCCGAGCAGACCCUGCCCAUCCUGGAGGAGCUCCACCAGCACACGGAGCAGCUGGUGCAGGAUCAGUACGGGAAUUACGUUAUCCAGCACGUCCUGGAGCACGGCCGGCCCGAGGACAAGAGCAAGAUCGUAGCAGAAAUCAGAGGCAACGUGCUUGUGUUGAGUCAACAUAAAUUUGCCAGUAACGUGGUGGAGAAGUGUGUGACGCACGCGUCGCGCACGGAGCGCGCCAUGCUCAUCGACGAGGUGUGCACCAUGAACGACGGCCCCCACAGUGCCUUAUACACCAUGAUGAAGGAUCAGUACGCCAACUACGUGGUGCAGAAGAUGAUCGACGUGGCAGAGCCGGCCCAGAGGAAGAUUGUCAUGCACAAGAUCCGGCCCCACAUCGCCACCCUGCGCAAAUACACCUACGGGAAGCACAUCCUGGCCAAGCUGGAGAAAUACUACAUGAAGAACGGGGUGGACCUGGGGCCCAUCUGCGGCCCCCCCAACGGCAUCAUCUGAGCCCAGCCCCCCUCCAGAGGCACUCCAGGAUCCCAGAACCCAUCCCAGGAAUCCAUCCCAGGAAUCCAUCCCAGGAAUCCAUCCCAGGAACCCAUCCCAG